UCCAAAUACGAGGAUGCACAUGUUGUGAAUCUAACCUGAUCUAACCUCUGACGUAUUCAUUUUAUAAUUAGGAUUUUAUCUUAGGAGGCACAAUGGCUAAAUCACAUGGCACCACUAAAGCCCCGCGAAAGCAGGGCUUUAAUCGUUCAGGGCACAGCAUGAAUCCUGAACGUCCUACAGAAGGAUUGAAAGGAGUGGCUAAGGUUCGGACAAAGGCAACAAUUAAAAGAUUGCAGAUGUAUCGCAAUCAGAAACCGAAACGUAAUCGUUCUGGAAAGAUCAUCAGCCCAGCGCCCUUCCAAGGCUGGAACACUCCUGGAACUAUGUCCCGGGUGGAACCAUCUAGGAGAUGGUUUGGUAAUUCCAGAGUCAUCUCGCAGAACGCUCUGCAAAAAUUCCAGAAUGAAUUGGGAACCGCAAUGAAGGAUCCCUAUAAAGUUGUCAUGAAACCGACUCAAUUGCCUGUAACUUUGCUUCAGCAAAAGGCAGCAAACACAAGGGUGCAUUUGUUAGAUACGGAGAGCUUUGAAAAUGUCUUUGGUCCAAAGAAGAUUCGAAAGAGACCAAAUUUGACGAUAACGUCGUACGACGAGUUAAAGAAGUCUGCGGAGGAGAAGGAAGAUACUUACAACAAAGAGAAGGAUUCCAAGGAUUAUGACCUCGUUCGCGAAGACACUGGGGUAAAGGAUACUCCCAGAGAGUGGAUCAUGGAAGCGGGACAGAGUAGGAGGAUAUGGAACGAGCUGUACAAAGUUAUAGACUCCUCUGACGUCAUUCUGCAGAUUUUGGAUGCGAGAGAUCCGAUGGGGACCAGGUCUCCCCCUGUGGAGAAGUAUCUGAAGACCGAGAAGCCUCACAAGCAUUUGAUAUUUAUCCUGAAUAAGGUGGAUCUGGUACCAACCUGGGUUACGCAAAGAUGGGUGGCGAUCCUGAGCAAGGAAUAUCCCACGGUCGCCUUUCACGCUUCCUUGACGCAUCCCUUCGGCAAGGGCUCCCUUAUAAACCUGCUGAGGCAGUUUGCAAAGUUGCACGUCGACAAGAAACAGAUCAGUGUGGGCUUCGUAGGGUACCCCAAUACAGGAAAGAGUUCCAUUAUAAACACCCUGCGCUCCAAGAAGGUCUGCAAAGUGGCGCCCAUAGCUGGAGAGACGAAAGUGUGGCAGUACAUAACUCUCAUGCGUCGUAUCUAUUUAAUAGAUUGUCCAGGUGUGGUUUAUCCUUCAACUGAAACAGAUACGGAGAAGGUGCUGAAGGGGGUCGUGAGGGUGGAGCUCGUUCAGAACCCGGAGGACUACAUCCCCGCCGUUCUAGAGAGAGUGAAACCCGAGUACAUGCGUAAAACGUACAAGGUAGACAAGUGGGAGGACCACGUCGAUUUCCUGGAGAAGCUGGCGCGUCGAAGUGGCAAGCUCUUGAAGAAGGGAGAGCCUGACAUCACUAUCGUAGCUCGUAUGGUGCUGAAUGAUUGGCAACGUGGCAAAUUGCCAUUCUACGUUCCACCGGUAGGCUUUGAGGAACCACUAUCCACAGUACAGGUGACUGAAAAGGAGACAGUUGUUAGUGGGGAUAGCUGUUUGGAUAAGGAUGCACCAAGUGUCGCUGAUGAAGCUACUGAAAGUAGCCCACCUUCAACUGAGUCAACGCAAAAUCAAUUAAGGGUGACGCAAGAUUUUCAGAGAAUACGUGUUGGAUUGGAUUAUUCUGGUGAUGAUGUCAGAAAGGAUUUGGAGGAAGCAUCACCUAAAAUUCCCCUGAAGAUUGAUGAUGAUGAUGAUGACGACGAUGACGAUGACGAUGACGAUGACGAUGACGAUAAUGAUGAUGAUGAUGAUGAUGAUGAUGACGAUGAUGAUGAUGAUGUUCAAGAUAAUGAUCAGAAUAUGGUUGAUAAGGAAACAAAGUCCAAUGUGGACGACGAAGACGACAACUUGAGGCAGAGUGCAUAUGAUGUUGCGGACCAUGAAGAUGAUUCCAGCGACAACGAAAUAACCACUUCCAAGGUGUCUUCGAAUACUGUCUCGUCGAUGUCCUCCGCGAACAAAGCAAAAAGCGAAAAAUUAACGAGUAAACAGCGAAGAGCCAUCGAACGCGCGAAUAAGAGGAAAAAGAUAGGAAGCAAUUUCUACGAAGUUACAAAUGUGAAGAAUAAAAAUAGAAACAGGAAGGUCCCCAAGGUCAAGAGAAGGUGAAUCAAUUUCUAGAAUAAAUUAAGGCUCCUUGCCGACCAUGUUGGAAUUAUGACAAAAGCGAGAAAACACAUGUUAAAAAUUCUUAGGUGCCAUUUCGAGAAAUAAAAAGAUAUUUCAAAAACUA